AUGGACGACAAAAAGGUAGUCGCUCUUGCGACCACGUCAGAGGUUGAAUCAACUGCCCUCCACCCUGGCGAACUCGAGUACACUGAAGAGGAAGUGACGCGCGCCCGCCGCAAGGUCGACUUUCGUGUCCUGCCCCUUGUGGUUUUGAUGUUCUGUUUUCUCCAAUUUGAUCGCAGUAACAUCGGAAACGCACUGACGGACACCCUUGCCAAGGACGUUGGCAUCAAUACCUCGGACAUCAACCUGGGCCAAACCAUCUUCACACUCGGCAUCUUCGCCCUCGAACUACCGUCCAACAUUGUUGCCCAGCGCUGGGGGCCACAGAAGUGGAUCCCCCUUCUCGAGAUUGCGUGGGGAGCAGUCACCAUGGGUCAAGCGGCAAUGCGUUCCCGCUCUGGAUUUUUGACUACUCGCUUCCUUCUCGCAGCAUUCGAAGCAGGCUUUAUACCAGGCAUGGCAUGGUAUUUGACCGGUCUCUAUCGCACCAAAGAGCUUGCUUUCCGCCUCGCCAUAUUCUGGUCAGCCAACAGCAUUGCUGGCAUGGUUUCGGGUGUUCUCGCGCUGGGCCUGUUGAGUGCAGGUUCCGGGUCGCACCUCGACGGAUGGCAAGUGCUCUUCCUCACCGAAGGCGGCGGGACCAUCCUGGUGGCCAUUCUCGGCGGGCUCCUCCUCCCGGCAAGUGUGUUUGACAGUGACCGCCCCGGCCGCUCGCUUGUAGGCCGCGUGGUGUUUUCGGAGCGCGACGCUGCAGUUCUCGCAGCAGCCCUGACCCACGAGGACCCCAGGAUGCUCACGCGCGCAACACAACGAGCCACCCCCAAAGACAUCCGGGAUACACUGUUGGACUGGCGAAUCUACGUUCACGUCAUCUCGGCCUUCUUGAGCAGCGUCAUGUUCACCCCGUUCAACACGUAUGGGCCCUCGUUAGUUAAGAGCCUGGGAUACAAGGGCUACACUGCGAACGGCAUGGUUGCCCCAGGCAGUGCCUUGGCCCUCAUCUUUUCGUUCCUCCUUGCAUACUUCUCCGACCGCACGCGGGAGCGAGCCCUGUUCAUUGCGGUAGCGAUGCUCGCCUCCGGUGCUGGCUGUUUAUGGCUCGCUCUUCCACCCGUAGGAACCCCCAAGGGCGUCCUAUAUGCCGGAUACUUGGCAACAGUGGGGACUAUGGGUUCAGCCCAAGGUAUCAAUGCUGCGUGGCUUUCAUCUCGAAUGCCUGAGCGAAAGCGUCCCAUUGCCCUUGCACUUUAUGUGAUGGGAAUCCAACUCGCCGGAUUUGCGGGCUCCAACAUAUUCAAGGCGAACGACGCUCCGCGCUACCGCCAUGGGCUGACCAUCUGCGCCGGGUGCGUGUUUGCGGGGGCGGUUGUGGUGCUCCUGGGUAAACUCGCGUAUGCGUGGGAUGACAAGGAGAAGCCUGCACACGAGAAGGGUCUCCAGUAA